AUGUCUCUAUCCGGCCAAGUCAUUCUCAUUACCGGCUCCUCCCAGGGCAUUGGUGAAGCCGCCGCCCUGCGACUGGCAAGCGAGGGCGCCAGCUUGGUGAUCAACUAUUUCUCCAAUGCGGACGGCGCCCAGGCCCUUGUGGAGCAGAUCGGCUCCGAGCGCGCAGUGGCCGUGAAAGCCGAUGCCUCGAAACUAUCCGAUCUCGACCACUUGGUCGACGCGGCGGUUGCAAAGUUCGGCAAGAUCGACGUCGUCGUUCCCAAUGCCGGUUUGCUUCUCAUGCGGGAUGUGGAGAGUACCACUGAAGAGGACUUUGAUCAAACGUACAACCUGAUGGUGAAGGGGCCCUACUUUUUGGUCCAGAAAGCCGUGAAGCACAUGCCUCCAGGAGGACGCAUCAUCUUCUUAUCUAGCAGCGUUACAGCCUUCUCGGGCAUCCUCCCCCCCUACCUCCUCUAUGCCUCGGCCAAGGGCGCUAUCGAGCAGAUGACCCGGCUGAUGGCCAAGGAUCUGGCGCGCAAGGGCAUUACUGUGAACACGGUUGCCCCCGGGCCCACGGCCACGGAGCUGUUCUUCAAGGGCAAAUCCGAGCAGGUGCUCAAGGCAUGUGCGGCAUUCAGCCCGUUCAAUCGCAUCGGAGAGCCUGAUGAGAUUGUUGGGGCUAUGGCGUUCCUGUGUGGGAAGGACAGUCGUUGGGUGUCCGGGCAGAUUAUCAGAGUCAAUGGCGGGAUGGCAUAA